AUGACUGAAGCGACGAAUAUAUCAUCGAAUCAGUUUUCCACAAACGCAACUCCAGUCGAUCAAGCAGAAAAUACGGACGCUUCGACCUCCUCCAGCUACUUGAACAGAGUUGCCAAGGUUAAUCCUUCGUGUUUUUCACUCAAUUUUGUUGUUUUGCAGAGUUUAUCCGAUGAAGAUGUUAGGAAGUUUUUUGAAAUUGAUUCGACGGUGGCUUGGAUCCUAAAGAACAAUUUUCAAAGGGUUGCGCUUCAAUUUCCGGACCCGUUGUUGUACAGUUGCGUGAAGAUAACGCGGUUGUUGGAGGCCGAGGCGAAGUGCAAAACUUUUGUCCUGGCGGAUACGUCUUACCGAAGGUAGAAGGCUUCAUUUUAAGUGAGAAAGAGAUUUUAAGUUGUUGCGUGGACGAAGUGGCGGCGGCGCAUUCGAGUUGCGACGCUAUUGUCCACUACGGCGACGCCUGCCUCAGUACCCCGACGAAUAAUGUCCCAGUCAAGUUAAGAUAUACUAUUGUUGCGAUUUUUCAAAGAAGGAACUUUAGAUACGUCCUCUGUCACCUUCCUAUUGAUUCCGCCGAGUUUGAGACGAAACUGGAACAAAAUUUGGGGAAAACUAUCGAUUCUGAUUUUAUCCUCCUUCUGGUCGAUUCAAUAUACUCUCACGCGACUAAGGAGCUUAUCAGAAUAUUAUCAAAGUUACUGCCCGAUAAACCGAUCGAAUGCGCAGAAGUUGUAGAUUUGGACGACUUCUCAGCAACAUCUCAGACCAAAGAAGACGUACGUCUCUUAGAAAAACCGCCUGAAACAGAAUUUUUGAAGGUUUACCUCGGUAGGCGGUUACCGGCCGACUUCAAGACGUCUUCUGAAGUUGGCGUCGUUUUCGUCGGGGCCAUCGAAUCGCCAUUUUUGCCGCUUUGGCUGAUGUCAUAUCCUCAAUGCAGUUCAGUCGUGCAUUUUGACCCCUCUACUAAUGAAAUUCGCCAUGAAGUGUUCGUUUUUUUUUUGUCUUUGAGUAGUUAAGGAUUGAAAAAAGCUGAGUUUUUGAUAGUAUCACUUCUUGGAUUUGAAAAUCUGUAUGAAAUUGAUAUUUUUUCAUUUCCUAGUGUUCAUAGUGUGUACAAAAAGCUUUCCUGCGCUUUCGAAGAGCGUAAAUUCUCUUAGGAACGCCAUAGUGGCACCUAUAGGGGCAACCUUAGGUCCACUCUAGUGACAAUUUUACCAACGCUAUAGACCCUACUAAAGCUUGCAAAAGUGGUCCCUAAAGGGGUUUAAGUUAGUGACCCCUAUUGGAGACAUGCUAGUCGAUAAUUGUUAUGAACUCUGUGCGAAGAAGCGUUUCCAUGGGAGAAACUGAAAUUUUCGUUUUUGAAUGAAAAUGAAAAAUUUCUAUAUGGACUACUUGAGCUUUGGGUGCUAAUUGAUCAGACCGUAAACCCCUAUAAGCACCACUUUUUGAAAAAAAAAAAAAGAAAAAAAAACUUUAAAAAAAUUUCAAAUUUCAAUAGUAGAAACCCUGUAUAAUAAUGUAUUGUGUAUGGUUUUCUAGUAUUGAAAGUUUGUUCAAAAAAAUUUCCUGUUUUUGAAAGUGAAGAAAUCUUCAAGGCCUGGAAAGACUUUGAAAAAAACUUCUCCGUUCAGAGACUUUUUGGAAAAAAAUUUUCGUUUUAAAAACUUCUAAAAGGAUUGUUUGAACAAAUUCUCUUAUUAACGAACUCCGUUAUUCUUCAAAAAAAUCGUCUCUUUUUAAUAUUUCGCUGAACUUUUUCAAAGUUUAGUUUAAUCACAACUUCCGAAUUUAACCUUCUCCUGAACAAAAAACAUCAACUUUUCGGUGAAAAAUCGCUUAAAAAUGGCAUUUUGGGAUGGUUCUUUUCCUUUUCCAGAGCAAAAUCCACCCGACAACUACGAAAACGGCUAUUUUUGGUUGAGAAAUUGAAAGAUGCCAACACAGUCGGUCUUAUCAUUGGAAGCAUGGGCGUUCAUGGCCACAGGUUUUUCUUCUGGAAAAAAAUAAUAAUCUUACUAAACAUUUUCAGAGAAGCGGUCCAGCGAAUGCGGAACCUGUGCAAGGCGGCCGGCAAGAAAAUCUACGUUAUUUCAGUUGGAAAAGUUAAUUUUUAUUCCAUUAUUGUCAAAUAAGGAAUGAAAUUGAAGGUGAAUGUAGCGAAAUUGUCGAAUUUCGCCUCAGACAUCGACGUUUUCGUGUUGAUUUCUUGUCCCUUCGGGGUGAUUUUGGAUUCUUCCGAGUUCUACAAGCCGGUUUUAUCAUUUUUUGAAGCCGAGGUGCUGGGAAAUAUCUAUUUUUUAUUUUUAAUCGAGUUUAGAUGGCCCUGAAUCCAUCAAAAGCCUGGGCGGCUCAUGGCGAUUGGACGGCUGAUUUUGGGGCUUUUCUGGCAGGUGAGAAUAAAUUUAUUUUUCAGGGGAAUUUUCAAGAACCUCCUAGUUUCAUUUUUUGAACAAGAAAAAAAAAUUAGAAAGGUAUUUUUAUUUUUUUUCCGUGAAAACUUAGUUAAUUUUUUACCUCUUUCUGAUCAAUUGAGAAAUCUUUUCAAAAAGACAUUUUUGAAAUUUUCCAUACUUUUCUCAGGAAUUUUAGUGUGAUCCCUACAAGAUUAGGGUGAAAAACAGUCCCUAUAGGGGACGAAAAAGUGGUCCCUAUAGGGUUAAAUCAAGGUGGUCCUUGUAGGGGAUUUAGGGUCUGAUCCCUUAGCCCAUAAAGCUUAAUUGGUCCCUAUAGGGGUCUCUCAAUUUUAUUCAAAAAGCGCUUUUUCAUUAGUUUUUCGUAUGGAAAUGCUUCAUAACAAUUAUCGAACAGAAUUUCCCCUACUAGGUCUACUAAAUAAAACCCCUAUAGGGACCAUUUGCAAGCUUUAGUGAACCCUGUAGGGAUCGGUAAAGUAGAGGGACCCUAAGGUAGCCCCUAUAGGGAACACUCUGGAGUUUUUAAGUUAAUAAGUUUUAAAAUUUUCUCGUGCUGUUUCUGUUGCAUAUAAGCUUUACUAAUCGAGAUGGUCAUUUAAAAAAAACAACUUUUGAUUAUUCUGCAAUUUCAUACAAAAUGCUGAGUAGCUACCAUUUCAAGAGAAAAUAUUCGAAAAAAAAAAUCGCAGACGAAAUCGGCGCGACAAAAAUUGACGACGACGACCACGGCGACGUGAGCUUAAUAUCGGGUCGCGUGAGAACGGCGAAUCCUGCGAAAAACGUCGCCGAGGCCAGUUCCAGCGACGCCAACGGCGCUGUGUCGCUCUACACUGCCGGUGCGACGCGACUUGUUCAUUCGCGACCGCUUUUUUGUUCCAGGCGACUACUUCGCUCAGCGAAGCUGGAAGGGAUUGGACGACACGAUUCGCGUCGGCGACGACACGACUGUUAGGCAAGGUCGCAGCGGAAUCGCGCAGAGUUAUCAGGGAAAAUGA